ACACACACACACACACACACACACACACACACACACACACACACACAUAUACACACACAAUGCCCUCCGGCUGAAGGACAGGACAGUAGGAGAGAGAGAAGGGGAAAGCGAGUUAAACAGAGGCGCUGUUACUCUCCGCACUGCAGAGCACGCGACCCCGCGCACCCCUCCACCCAGCGCACUUCUUCUCCUCCCAGCGCCUCUCUUUACUUACUGUACAACACCGAGCAUAGCUCCGGGGCGGGAAACGGAGCUGUUUUCAGGGUUUGAGUUGCUUUUCUUUCGGUUUGUGCGCAGAAAACCUGAGAAAACGAGCUUUAACAGCACUGUUGACCCAAACUGGAACUUUUACAGCGGAUUUUGAGGAGUAACUCCGUCCACUGGAUACGUUUGGUUCUUCUGGGCUUUUCCUCAGACUUUAUCAGGUGAUUCAGUAAGUGAGUAACCUCUGUGGAUCCCAGUUAUGGCUCUCAGUCUUAGUUCACUAUCAGAACGCCCCUCUGAGACUGACUGAUAGCUGAAUGACUGUCUGAGGAAGAAGAGCAGGAGAAAAACAGAGCCAGAGAGGAUCUGAAAAGUUCACUCUUCACUCUUUUCUGUCCCGAAUGAUGCCGAUAGACAGACUCGUAGACAUGGAGGAGAAACUACGGAUUUUAGAAGACCUAAACAUGAUGUACAUCCGUCAGAUUGCCCUGAGUUUACAGGACAGUGACAUUCAGAAGAAGAUUGAUCAUGAGAUCCGGAUGCGUGAAGGAGCGUGUAAGCUUCUGGCAGCGUGCUCUCAGAGGGACCAGGCUCUGGAGGCUUCAAAGAGCCUCCUCACAUGCAACUCUCGCAUCAUGGCCUACAUGUCUGAGUUGCAGCGCAUGAAGGAGGCGCAAGUCAUGCAGCGGGUGGCCCGCAGGUCUUCAGAUGCCGGCCCGAUGGACGACCGCUCUCCAUGUAAAGGCAAAGUUGCCAUUUCAGAUCUUCGAAUCCCGCUGAUGUGGAAAGACACAGAGUACUUUAAAAACAAAGGAGAGCUGCACCGCUGUGCUGUGUUCUGUCUGCUGCAGUUAGGAGGAGAGAUUUUUGACACAGACAUGGUGAUGGUAGACAGAACCCUCACAGAUAUCUGCUUCGACAACACUAUUGUCUUUAAUGAAGCUAACCCGAGCUUUGAGCUGAAGCUGGAGCUGUAUAGCUGCUGUUCAGAAGAUGAUUACUCAGCGGGCAGCACACCUCGAAAAUUGGCCAGUAAGCUGAGCUCAUCGCUAGGCCGUUCCUCAGGGAAGAAACUGCGGGCAGCUCUGGAGCCCGGAGCCUGCAGUCCCGUCAGCAACGGAGGAGCUGCACCACUGCUGCUUCCUGUCCCACCUGUGCCAGGACCAAAGUACCAUCUCCUGGCUCACACCACCCUCACACUGUCGCACGUCCAGGACAGCUUCCGCACACACGACCUCGUCAUUACUGGCAACGAGGAGUGUUCUUACUGGUUGCCGCUGUAUGGGAGUGUGUGUUGUCGUCUAGCAGCUCAGCCUCACUGUAUGACACAACAGAUGAUGAGCGGCUGCCUGAGAGUGAAGCUCGGUGGGGAGCCUCAAGGAUGGACGAGUGUUUACGGUGUCCUGAAAGGAACAAACCUCUUCUGUUACAGCCGGCAAGAAGAUAUGGAGGCCAGCGUGGAGCCCUUACUAACGAUCGGCAUCAACAAAGAGACGAGGAUACGAGCAGCAGAGAGAGACCCUCACAGCAAAGCUCAGAGCAUCUGCAUCAGCAACCAGUACGGAGGAGAAGAGGUCACACACACGUUAGCGACGGACAGUCGGGAGGACACACAGCGCUGGAUGGAGGCCUUCUGGCAACAGUUCUUUGACAUGAGCCAGUGGAAGCAGUGCUGUGACGAGCUGAUGAAGAUUGACCAGCCUUCCCCACGGAAACCUGCUUUAGUUACAUCCAAACAGGGCUCUCUCUACCAUGAGAUGGUUAUUGAACCUUCUGACGACAUGGACUCCGUCACGGACAUCCUGGCGAGGCGCAUUGAAGAGUUGGAGCUCCAAAGCCAGCUGGACACCACACCUCACUGGAUGUCCCUGUUUGAGGAGGAGCCUCCUGGAAGCCCUCAAAACAACGGUCACCUCCAUCGUACCUCAUGCCACUCCCCUCACACUCCCAGCCCCCGUCUGCACAGCCGGCACCCCCGCAGCCCCCGCGGCCUGCUCUCCUCCGACGCCAGCCUGACCUCCGACAGCGACAGCCCCUGCAGCAUCAGCCCUCGCACCUCACGCCACGCCUGGCCUCGAGACCUGCCGCCCACGUCCUGCCGCUUCCGCCCUCGCACGCUCUCGCUCGACGCCAAGCUCUCCGUCCUCAAGGCCCAGAGGGGCUACGGGGGAGGCUUCCAGUGCUCCUGUCAGGCUCCUUCCACAGGAUCAGUGGCUCAACGACCGGCUCAGACGGCUCUUUCCUGCUCCAGCUCCACCUCCAGCAACAGCUCCAGCGAGGGUAGCACCAGCCCGGAGUCAGACCUGGGCUUCUCCCGGCCGUCCGGCGCCCGCCGCAGCCUGAGGAACCUCAGAGCCAAGCUGGACCCCAGGAACUGGUUGCAGAGUCAAGUUUAGCUACUUUGGCUUCUCGUAAAAGACGUUUAAAAGACACAUUUAUCAUCACAUUCGUUUUCAUCUGGGCUUUCUGGAAAGAACUGGAAUGACUCAGGCUAGGGAUCUGUGAUGGCUCUCUCCACAGUGGUCUGGUUUAAAGAUGGUGAAGAUUGGAGAUCAUGAGACUCAUGAGAGUUAAUAUUUAAACACAGUUCACUUCCACACUUCCAUUACAAGUGUUCCCGCAGUGUCUUCCAAACCGGACUGAGGUGUGCUGAACCAGAACCAGAACUUUAAAGUGUGGCUAAUUUCACACCUUCACCACACGUCUCGCAACUGAUAUGCCUUCACACCUACUGUAAGCUGCUUUGUAACAGUGUUUAGAGUCUAAAGAGUCAGAAGAGUCAGAAUUUAGUGCUUCCUUCGCAGACGAGAGACGAGAGCUAGAUGUUACUAACUAACCUGAAUAAAAGCUACGCCUAAUAUUUAUCUCAGUUCUUCUUACUGAAACUAAUUGCACCCACACUGUGGAGCAUCCACGAGGAGAGAUCUGUUACAAGUGUAUUAUUGUUUUAUCACUCAUCAUAAAAAAAAAUUUAAAAUCUCAAAAUAGUUUUGGAAUCUAAUAAAAAAAAAAAACAUGUUUAUACCUGGAUACAUAUUGUGACUAGUAUCUGGAUUUUAUCCUGAUAAGAUUUUAGAUUUUAGCCACAUGCAUUUACAUUCAGUACUUUUUAAAUGCGAUGCUCCAGCUAGUCAGACUAAAUUCCAGUUGCUGUCAUGUCGUCUGCUGGUGUUGAUCCACUGUGUUGUAUCAAGUCUGAAGUGCAGUGUUUUCCCACAAAAUCUCUGCUGAUUUCAUUUUCCAGCAGGACUUGGCACACUGCCAAAAAUACCAAUUGAUCUUAUAUAAUAUUCUAUUAUAAAUUUUUGAGACACUGAUUUUUGGGUUGUCAUUGGCUGUAAGCCAUAAUCAUCAACAAUAAAAGUAAUAAAUGCUUAAAAUAG